CUUCCCUCUCUCUCGAGUCAUACUACGAUCAGGAUAAGUUAGAAUAUAGUACGAUACGUAUUACAGGGUAAUACACGUAAAUUUGGACCGUGAAGUUGCAACAACUGAAAUGGCAACAGUGUCUCAAGUCACAAAUGCAUCUAUAUUCAAAUAUUUGCUUCGCCCGCGAAAUUAAAACAUAGUUUAUCGUCAGAGACGAUAAAAGUGACGAUUCUGUUAAAGUAACCCUAGAGGUACGUAGGAUUAUUACAUCAUUCGAUAUGAAAGAAAAAUUACGCAAUUACAAAAUGUGUCAUUCAGACAAGGUGAACAUAUGAAUAUAGUUACAUUUAUGUUUGGGGCACUGUUGCCAUUUCUGGGUGCGGACUUACGUGGAUGACCCUGUAUUUGUCUCUUGUCCGAGGAGUACAUUCAUGUCACAGUAAGUUGAACGUAGUGCCAUCUAUUCAAGAAACAAAAAAUUAAUCUAGUCCCAUACUGUCCCAUACUCAACAUCCAACACGAUUGAAAAGUUCCCUCUUCGUAAGUAUACGAACAAAUUUCUCUUCAAAGAGUGGUGAAAGAUUUACAUUGAAGAAACCGAAUAAGAAAGUACAACUAAAAUUUGAAAAGGAACAGGUUAACCGUAUUUUAGAUUCGAUUUUGUAUCGGUAAAAUAGUACAUUGUGCGACAAUUAUAAAAACGAUUGUUCUUUUGCUAUUGUUGCAAAUUAUAACGGAAAAACACGUCUUGUUUUCUAAAACUUGCCUGCAGCUGGAAAAAUAAUGGCCACAUGGGAUGGUUCUGAUUCUAAACCAGAAGACCAAAAUUAUUAUACGUAUUUCAAUCAAAAUGUUGCUGGUUCUGCAACAGGAACAUGGACAUAUUUUCCCAGCAAUGUAAAUAAUGAAUAUUUACAAUCUAAUCGUGAAUAUUAUGUACAAAAUGAACCUUUAUAUGAGCCCAAUGGCUCAAAUACUUCUUAUCGUACAAACACAGAUGGUUGGCCAAUUCAAUCUGUGACCAAUCUUUAUCAGAAACAUGUAAUGAGCAUAGUAGGUAAUUCUCCAGUAUCAAGUAAUCCAAAAUGUUUUACAAAUAAUCAACAAAGUUUUGUAUCUGAAAACUGUUGGAAGGAUGAUUACAAUUCAGGAAUAACCAAAACUAAACGCACUUCUGUGGAAAAAAUGAAAAAACCAAGUAAUUCAAGUCUUCAUGUUAUGGCUGAAGAGUUUGUGCCAAAUAAUGUAGAAUUGAACGAUAAAAGAUGCGAAUUACAAAAUACAAAGUCUGUUAGUACUAUGAAUUCUGUCAAAAAUAAUAAUGAAACAUUAAAUAAACAGACAUUUUAUAACACGAACAGGCUUGAAAGAAAAUACAAUACUAAAAAAAAUGUAAAUUAUAAACCUAGAGAAGGACAAGAUCAAUUUUAUAAGCGAAAUACAUAUAAAAAUUCUUUUCAGCAACAAGGGAAAGCUUCUCAUAAAUUUCAAGGUAAUAAGUAUGUUACUAAUAAAUACUACUCGGAUAAACCACAAAUAGAUGUAAAAAGCACAGAUGAAAAUAUGCUAGAUAAAGAAACGAUGAAUGAUAAUAGUGGUUGUAAAAGUAAUGAAUUUUCUACAACAAAUUUAAAUGAGAAAGAAUUAUCUUUAAAUAUGGAAACAAAUUUGAAUAAUGAUAAACAAAUUUUAAACAGAAACAGUAAUGAACAGACUUCUACUGUUAGAAAUGAAAACGUACAAGAAAAUGAUACAAAGCAGUAUAAUAAUCAGAUUAAGGAAUUUGCUUACUAUAAUUCUGGUUCAAAACAGUUUCAUAAUAAUCGUAGGACUACAAAGAAGUAUUCGUAUAAUGUUAAAUAUAACAGAGAGGAAAGCGCCUUUAAAGAAAAGAAACGGAAUUAUCAAGGAUAUAACAGAGAAAAUUACAGUAAAGAGCAUAAAUUUAAGGUAAAGGAGCAAAUGUAUAGUAAUGGUGAACAUAAUGAGUUUAAGGAGUGUUAUGAGAAGGAAAUUGGAUUCGAAGCAAAGGAAAUAAAAGAAAAAAAGUAUAAUUAUCAAGGAUUUAAUGAAUCAAAAGAAUAUAAUAAAGAAAACAAAAAUGAAAUAUUUAAAGAAAAAGACAGAAGUAAAAGUUAUGUAUUUGAAAAUAAUGACAAAGGAAAUGAACAUUGGAGUAACAAAAGAGAAAGCACUGAAAGGAGUAGCAUUCAAAAAUGGGGAAAAAAUAAAAGAUCUCUUGUUGUUUAUAACUAUAUAGAUGAUGAUGCAAAUCAAAGAGAGAGGUUAGCGGAUCAGCUAAGUAGAGGACAGUUGGAAUGUUUAGUGUGUUGCGAAUACAUUAAACAGAAUGAUUAUAUAUGGUCUUGUUCUAAUUGCUUCCAUGUUUUACAUUUAAAAUGUAUCAAGAAAUGGGCAAAAUCGUCGCAAGUGGAAAAUGGUUGGAGAUGCCCAGCGUGUCAAAAUAUGAGCGUGACAAUUCCUGAAAACUGUUUCUGCUUUUGUGGCAAAACAAAAGCACCUGAAUGGAAUCGUAGAGAUGUUGCACAUUCUUGUGGUGAAGUGUGUGGUAGAGUUCUAUCAAAAAAUUGUACACAUAAGUGUACUCUUUUGUGCCAUCCAGGGUCUUGUCCACAAUGUACAGCAAUGGUCACAAAGUAUUGUGGUUGCGGUAAAACAUCGCAAACGGUACAAUGCAGUGCACAUAAGUUACUGUUAUGUGAUUCUACAUGUGAUAAGGAUUUAAAUUGUGGUAAGCACAAAUGUGAAAGGCGAUGUCAUCAUGGAGAAUGUGGAAAUUGCGAGAAAACAAUAAUGCAAAGAUGUUAUUGUGAUAAAAAUACCAGAGAAGUGACAUGUCAGAGCAAUAUUUCUCUUACUUAUUCCUGUCAAACUACUUGUAAUAAAUUACUAGAAUGUGGUAAUCAUACUUGUACAAAGUUAUGCCAUGCUGAUGCUUGCGAGUCUUGUUCUUUAACCCCGGAGAAAAUUACAACUUGUUGCUGUGGACAAACGCCCUUAACAGAAAAGAGACAAAGUUGUUUAGAUCCAGUUCCAGUUUGUGAUAAAGUAUGUUCUAAAAAACUAAAAUGUGGACAACCUAAUAAUCCUCAUACCUGUAAAGCAAAAUGCCAUCAAGGAGAUUGCCCUACUUGCGAUUUAACUACAGAUGUCAAAUGUCGUUGCGGAAAUAUGGACAGAGAAAUAGCUUGUAAAGACUUAACGUCAAAAGCUGACGAUGCUCGGUGUGAAAAAAGAUGUACAAAGAAAAGAUCUUGUGGCAAGCAUAAAUGUAAUCAGUUAUGUUGCAUAGAAAUAGAACAUAUUUGUCCAUUGGUGUGUUCCAAAACUUUAAGUUGUGGCAGACAUAAAUGUGAUCAAAGUUGUCAUAAAGGAAGAUGUCAAUCUUGUUGGCAUAGUAGUUUUGAUGAAUUAUAUUGUGAAUGUGGAGCUGCUGUAAUAUAUCCUCCUGUCCCUUGUGGUACGAGAAGACCUACUUGUGAAAGGCCAUGUUCGCGUCAGCACUCGUGUGGACAUGAAGUUCUACAUAAUUGUCACAGUGAACCAACAUGUCCUCCUUGCACUGUUCUUACUCAGAGAUGGUGCCAUGGUAAACAUGAACUCAGAAAAGCUGUUCCCUGUUAUGUUACUGAAAUUUCAUGUGGUUUGCCAUGUAAUAAACCUAUAUCAUGCGGUCGACAUAAGUGUAUUAGUAUCUGUCAUUCUGGUCCAUGUGAAAAACCAGGACAACAAUGCUCACAACCUUGCACUAAUCCUAGGGAAAUGUGUGGUCACAUUUGUGCAGCUCCGUGUCAUGAGGGUAAAUGCCCAGAUACUCCAUGUAAGGAGAUGGUAAAGGUAACAUGUCAAUGUGGACAUAGAUCUAUGUCUCGUGUAUGUGCAGAAAAUUCUACAGAAUAUCAGAGAAUAGCAAGCAGUAUAUUAGCUAGUAAAAUGACUGAUAUGCAACUUGGUCAUUCUAUUAAUUUGGAACAAGUUUUUGGCACAGGGGCAAAGAAGCAGAAUCAGUUGAAAACUUUAGAAUGCAAUGAUGAAUGUAAAAUAAUAGAACGUAAUAGAAGAUUGACACUAGGUUUGCAGAUUGCUAAUCCAGAUUUAAGCGGAAAAUUAAUGCCUAAAUAUAGCGAUUUCAUGAAACAGUGGGCUAAGAAGAACCCACAGUUUUGUCAAAUGGUUCAUGAUAAAUUAACAGAGUUAGUUCAACUAGCCAAAACUUCGAAACAGAAAUCUCGUAGUUACUCUUUUGAUUGUAUGAACAAAGAUAAGCGUCAUUUUGUUCAUGAAUCUUGUGAACAUUUUGGCUGUGAAAGUCAGGCGUAUGAUCAAGAACCGAAAAGAAAUGUUGUUGCUACUGCUAUAAAAGAUAAGUGUUGGUUACCAAGCUACAGUUUACUAGAAAUCGUGCAACGAGAAAAUGGUCAAAGAAAAGUUCCAGGUCCAAUGCUGAAUACCUUAAAAACCGAUGGACCUGUGAAAACAAUAUUAUCACUGCCUACACAAAGAAAUCAAAAACCAGAAACACAGUCCACCGUGAAGACAGCUGAACCAGAAAUAGAUUACUUUGAUUACCAUGGUUAAGAUAAUUCUUUAUGUCAUGUACAGUGUAAGUAACGUGAAUGAUACAUUUAAUACCGUAAUUAAAAAAAAAUAUAUAUAUAUAUUAAUUGCAAUUGAUUAUUUAAACGUUCUAAGAGUCCCUGCAAAAUACGGAUUCUAGCUUGACAUUACACACAAGUUAUGUAAAUGAUCCUUACUAUAUUAGUGCACUAAACUUGUAUAAAAACUGUGAAAUUAUAAGAACGAAGAUUCAACGAA